UAAUCUGCGGCCGACAGGAACUGUCAUCAGUUAGCCAAUCGUUACAUAUGUUAGGCCAAGGACUGGGAGCCAUCAUAUUUGGCUAUCUGUCGUCACGUUUUGGCCGUAAACCAGUACUAUGGAUGACAAUCGCAUUGGAACUGUUGGCCGGCCUAUCGAGUGCACUGUCCGUCAAUAUAAUACAUUUUUCAAUAUCCCGUUUCCUAUUGGGAAUGGCAACAAACGGUCGUUAUCUGACAGCAUUUAUAUUAGUUACCGAAAGUGUUGGACCUAAAUAUAGGGCCACAUUAGGUCUAUGUUUUCAUUUGGGUUGGGCACUCGGCUAUUGUCUAUUACCGGGUAUUGCCUAUCUAUUGGCAAACUUUCGACAUUUGAUAUUAGUAAUAACAAUACCGGAAAUCUUAUGGCUUGUAUGGCUAUAUUGGAUACCGGAGUCGCCCCGUUGGCUGAUGAUCAAUGAAAAAUGGGAUCACUUGGAACAGGAGCUCAAACGGGCUGUCCAUAUGAAUAAUUUAUUAUCCAAAAAUGAUGAUAAUAAUGAUGAUGUUAAUGUUGAUAAUGAUGGUAAACAAAAAAAUAAAAGUGAUAAUAAUAAUAAUAAUAACGAAAAUAAACGGUCAUAUAUUUGGGAGGUAUUAAAGUCGCCCAACUUGAGGAGGACAACCCUAAUCAUGUACUUUACGUGGUUUGUCAAUGCAUUUGUCUAUUACGGCAUAUCGUUAAAUAUCGGCGAUUUUGGUUUCAAUUUGUUUAUUAACUUUUUGAUUGCCGGCCUACUGGAAAUUCCGGCCACUUUGUUGCCGAUGGUAGCCAUCAAUUAUAUGGGUCGCCGGCCACUGACUGCUGGACUUAUGUACUCAAGUGGACUGUCGUGUUUGGCUAUCGUACCAUUGCUGGCACUGUUGGCUGACUGGCCCCGAGUAACCAUUGCAUUGAUCGGCAAAUUUUUCAUUACCAGUUCGUUCGCUGUUAUCUAUCCAUACGCUGCCGAAAUCUAUCCAACUGUGGUCAGACAAGUGGGUCUCGGGUCGUGUUCAGUGGCCUCCUGUCUCGGCUGUAUGUUAGCACCGUUUGUCAAAGAUCUGAGUUUAAGCACCGGUAUGAAUGUUGUCCUUUAUAUUUUGAGUGGUCUAUCCAUUGUCGACGGUGUGUCCAUACAUUUUCUGCCCGAAACUCGUGGCAAACAAAUUGCCGACACUAUUGCCGAAGCCGAACAAUUUAAUAUGCGGACUAUUACUAAUACUACUACCACUUAA